GUCUGCUAUGUACGCGUGCGCCCGUCUGUCAUAACAGUGUUUCCGACAAUUUUUUUUUCAUAUUUAACCUUCUACAUAGACGUGGCACGUGAAUUAAUAUCCUUGUUACACAAAACGAGUUUUAAAUAUAAUGACAGAAUGCCACAGAAAUCAGUGAACACAAUACGCGAGGAACGCAGAAGCGUCUUGUAAUUAUAAUUUGAGGUUAUCUAACUAAUUAAUACUUUGACGUUAUCAUUUUAUCUUUUAAAUUUAUGUAACACUCUUGUGGCAGAAUUAUGAACAGACAAGGAAUUCAUUUACGUGGAAACCAAAAGGAAAGUUCCUCACAUUAUAUAUAUUUAGAAGAAGAAGACUGUGAUGAGAACAAUAUUCUAUUAAAUGUCAAUCAAUCUACAUCAAAGUUUCGUAAAAUUGAAGUGAUCAAUGUAGAAGUAAAACCUGGUGAUACCUUGCAAGCAUUGGCUCUUCGUUAUAGUUGUACAAUAUCUGCACUGAAACAAAUUAAUAAAAUUGACAAAGAGAAUGAAAUACAUGCCAAACCUUGUAUUAAGGUACCUGUACAACCAUUUUCUGUUUUAACUGAAACAUUAAUUGAUAAAAAAGAAUGUGAUAAUAAUGCAUCCGCUCAAGAUAGUGAAGAAGAAUCUACGGAAGAUGAAUUAAGUUUGAAAGCUCUUUCAACGAAUACACAAUCUUCAGGUAGUGAAAUUAAUACAAUUAUAUUAAAUUCAGUAUGUACACCUCUGUUGACACACAACAAUAGCAUUAAAAUUUCGAGUACAGAAACCAAUAGUUUACCUAGCAAUAGACGUACGGGAAUAAUGAAGGAUAUAUUCAAUUGUUCUGGAGAUGAUUGUGGAUUGUCGUGGAGGCAACUUUUCAUGUGUGCUUUCCUAGUAGUUUUUGUAAUUCCUAUUAUAUAUAUAUACAUAUAUAUAACAAGGGCAUUUGAACCAACAUUGAAGAAAAAUGUGACUACAACUGACUGAUGAUGUUUUUACACAAACACUUACUCUUACAUGGAAAACUGAGAAAAAUGUAUUAGUGUAAAAAGCUAAGAGAAGAUAUUGUAUUUUCUAUGUAAAUGCAAUUACUAGACAAUGCAAUUACUGAAAUUUUACAUUGGAGUUACAAAUUAUAAGGAAAUGCUAUUAUUUUUUACAGUGUGUACAGAUCUAAAGAAUAUUUAUAAUAAUACUUUUAAUUUAUUAAUAGCUAUUCUAAUUUCUCAGUUAAGUAGAUCUUUUUAUCUAUAUUAUAAAUAUUUUUUUAUUCUAUCUUGUCUAUUAUAAUGAUACAUUAACAUCUAUUAUAAUAAUACCAGAAUCUCAAAACUUUUUAUACUGAGCUUUUUAA